CAUCCAAAACCCGUUUGCACUUCCUCUUCCGUGCUGGCGAUGGUGGCGUGCUGGCAGCAAUAUUCCAACCGGCGAAUUAAGAAUUCUGUAUGAAAAAUAGAACAAUAGCACAUUGAUACACGUGUUUUAUAUGGGGUGUAGUAUAGACUACAGCACUAUCUAUUCCCGGAGCGAGAGCAGACUGCAACAUAAAGUAUCAAGGUGAUAUCAACUCAGGGCCAAGGUUGCAGAAUGCCCAGUAAAGCGAAGCACCGAUUUCCCAAGGAUAAGGAUAAGGGGCAAGUGAAAUUGCAAUAUAAACAAGACGAGAGUAAGUCCUCUGCGGAUGGCCAUACUCAGGACCAUGGACGGAGGAAAAGGAAGACGAGUGGCAACGAUGAUGAUCCUGACCAGGGCUUCAGUCUUGGUUAUCCGAUUCUGCUGACUCUGUCUGCGGUCAUGUUAGUAGUAGUUGGAGUUGUUUAUGUCUACUGGAUGCACGAACUGAGAGAGCGUGUCCGAAGACCUCUUAACUCUCCGCUCAUCGUUCCAGUGAAUGCCACGUCGGCUGCAGUGGCCCCUGAGAAGUACUGGGGCAGUUAUCGCCCACAUGCAUAUUUUGGGUUAAAAACUCGCAGCCCGAAGUCCCCUGUGUUUGGAUUAAUGUGGUUUACACAGUUUCUUGGAGAGAGGCCACCUGCAGUAAGACAUUGGUGCGAUCACGGUGAUGGCAUGUUACGCUAUGGCUGGCUCGCUCACGAUGCAACCAACUUUGGGGUGCAGGAAAUUAUUGAUCGCACAGUAACUUUGAGGACAGAAUAUUUGAAGAAACCCGGUGGGGACCAUGGCGGUGACUGGACUGCUAAGAUAUCUGCAACGCCAGUACCAGCACCUGGUGGAGAAACAAUGGUUGUGUCCUUAUUGUUUUAUGCUGCCUUGGAUGGACCUGGCUCCCUACAACCUACAGUGGAAAAGAAGCGUACCAUGACAGUGGUCUCUGGACACACAGCAGAAACAGGCAGCUUCAAAUUAUAUUUUCCAACCCCGGGAAAGAAUGUUAAGGCCACAGACUAUCUCUUAGCCAAUGCUACUGGUCUUAAUAAGCUGAAAGAAGCUGUGAUGGCUGGCAUGAGAAUGGCUCCAUGGGGAGAUGAUAAGACCAAAAGUUACAUUGGUCUUGGGGGAAGGUUGUUACCUGAUGGUAUCACUUCUCCCAACCUUGUUGUCCAUCAAGUGACGGUUGCCCUGCCAUUUCACAUGGAAGUUAUUUAUGAGUCUGGUAGCAAAACUAGGGAGACAACCCUCAGUGGCAGUGUGUAUGAUGUAGAACUCUCCAAGCAACGCAUUAUAUUUGAGAAGAAAUUUGAGAGUAUUUUUGAGCUACAGGAUAAAGGUUAUAAUCCUGAAGACAAAGCAGCAGCAAAGAAUGCUCUGAGUAAUAUGCUAGGUGGCAUAGGGUAUUUUUAUGGAGCAUCAAAAGUGCAGUCCUCUUAUAACAAGGAACCGUUAGAUUACAGGUCUGCCCCACUGUACACAGCAGUGCCUUCUAGGUCUUUCUUCCCAAGGGGGUUUCUUUGGGAUGAAGGCUUCCACAACCUACUCAUCAUGGAAUGGGAUCCUGAGAUUAGCAAGGAAAUCAUUGGACACUGGUUAGACUUGAUCAACAAAGAAGGCUGGAUCCCGAGAGAGCAAAUCUUAGGUGUUGAAGCCAGAGCAAAGGUGCCCGAUGAGUUUGUUGUGCAGAAAAAUGAAAAUGCAAAUCCACCAACACUGUUUUUACCCCUCCAAAAAUUAGUCAAACAAUUAUCCAAGAGUGAUGAUCCAAAAGACCUUGAAUAUUUGAGAAAUAUUUAUCCAAGACUAAGAAUAUGGUAUAGAUGGUUCAACGAAACUCAAGCUGGUCCUAAACCUUUGACAUAUAGAUGGCGUGGAAGAGACUCCAACACCAAGAGAGAACUCAAUCCAAAGACCCUCACUUCAGGCCUAGAUGACUACCCAAGAGCAUCUCACCCUACUGAUGCUGAAAGGCAUGUGGAUCUUCGCUGCUGGAUGGCUCUGGCAUCAGGUAUUAUGGCUGACAUUGGAAAGACCAUUGGGGAACCAUGGGAAGACUACCAGGCAACUCAUGAUUUGUUAACAGACAAUAAACUUCUUGAUGAACACCACUGGUCUGAAAAGGCUCAGAUGUACAGUGACUUUGGACUGCAUACUGACCAUACAAAACUUGUGAGACCUAAACCUCCAAAAAAUUUAGCUCCAGGUCAGCGACCUCCUCCUCAACAGCAGAUGGAAAAGGAGAGACAGGUGAAGAGUCAACCCAAACUUUCCUAUGUAAAUUCAUUUGGUUAUGUCAGUUUAUUUCCUUUCUUGUUACAAAUUGUAGACCCAAAUUCCCCAAAAUUGGACAAAAUACUAACAGACUUGAAAGAUCCCAACUUAUUAUGGACCAGGUUUGGACUGCGAUCUCUGGCUAGAAAUGCACCACUCUAUAGAAAGCACAACACUGAACAUGAUCCACCUUAUUGGAGGGGAAAUAUAUGGAUCAACAUGAACUAUUUAGCUAUUAGAGCACUACACCAUUACUCUAAUACUGAGGGACCAUACAAAACCAAAGCGAAAGAAAUUUAUAAAGAGUUAAGAGAUAAUGUUGUGAAAAAUAUUGUAAACGAAUAUAAAAGGACAGGUUAUGUAUGGGAAAAUUAUGAUGAUUCAACUGGCGAAGGAAAAGGCACUCAUCCUUUCACGGGUUGGUCAGCAUUAUUUGUACUCAUCAUGGCUGAAAAAUACUAGUACAUGGUCUCUUUUUACAAAAUAUAUCUCAAAUCCAUUCUUGGUUGUUAAUUAAAUAGAGUGUGAGCAACUUGUGUUUUUAUAAAAAAAAAUACAAAAUGUUUCACAUUAAGUUAUUGAUGACAUAUAUAUAGAUAUACACCUUUUUACUUCAAACCAAUGUAUGUUCAAAUCAUAUUGGCACUUUCUUAGCAAUGUUCAUUAUAACAGGAAAUUGGGUUUUAACCUUGACAUCCAGUUGUUAUAUUUAACUUGGAAUUUGUUUUGUGCUCUUUCAACUUGUGAUAUGAGAACAUCAUGCUAACUAAAUGCAGUUAACAGUGCAAUAGCUAGCUUUAAACAUAAAGGUCAUUUAAGCUAUUGUUAAGAAGUUGUCAUGUUUUAAUAAUGAAAAACACACUGUCAGCUAAUUUAAUCAAGUUGCUAGGGGGUUAUCCAUUUUGAUCAUCACAUUCACAAGUCUAGCCUCAAACAAACCAGUUACCCCAAUCCCAGUUUUUAUAAUGAUCAUGUAUCAACUAUGCACAAGGGUUGUGUGCCCCAUGUUGACAUUCCAACAAUAAAUUUAUUUAAAAUGA